UUUCUCUAUAAAACCCCGCGAUAAUCUCGUCUACAGCACAACUCUCUUAGUGUUAUACGCCGGCAACUCUCAUUUCGAAAAAGAACGGGGAACCAUCCUAAAUCUGAAGUUUUUCCCAGAGAAGCUAUCUUGCAGACAUGAGGUGUGUUUGGAUUUCAAUUGUUGCUGUUAUUUGUCUAGCCUCUUUUGGUUCCACGGCACCUGCAGGUGUGUCACUGAAGAAAAGGGAGGCCGACGCACCAGCCGUUGUAUCUCUGAAGAAGAGGGAGGCCGAUGCACCAGCCGUUGUAUCUCUGAAGAAGAGGGAAGCCGACGCACCUGCCGUUGUAUCUCUGAAGAAGAGGGAGGCCGAUGCACCUGCCGUUGUAUCUCUGAAGAAGAGGGAAGCCGACGCACCUGCAGUUGUAUCUCUGAAAAAGAGGGAAGCUGACGCACCUGCCGUUGUAUCUCUGAAGAAGAGGGAAGCUGACGCACCUGCCGUUGUAUCAUUGAAAAAGAGGGAAGCCGAUGCACCCGCCGUUGUAUCGCUGAAGAAGAGGGAAGCUGACGCACAUGCGGUUGUAUCUCUGAAGAAGAGGGAAGCUGACGCACCUGCCGUUGUAUCUCUAAAGAAGAGGGAAGCAGACGCACCUGCCGUUGUAUCUCUGAAGAAGAGGGAAGCCGACGCACCCGCCGUUGUAUCGCUGAAGAAGAGGGAGGCCGAUGCCCCAGCCGUUGUAUCUUUGAAGAAGAGGGAAGCCGACGCACCUGCCGUUGUAUCUCUGAAGAAGAGGGAGGCCGAUGCACCUGCCGUUGUAUCUCUGAAGAAGAGGGAAGCCGACGCACCUGCAGUUGUAUCUCUGAAAAAGAGGGAAGCUGACGCACCUGCCGUUGUAUCUCUGAAGAAGAGGGAGGCCGAUUUCCAACCACCAGUUUCUCUUUAGAGGACAAAAUGCCACCAUGUGCGUCCUGCAAGAUAAUUUAGUCCAUGUUUUCUGAAGAAUGCCUAUGGAAUGUGAUGAAACCAGUAAUGACAGUUGUUUUGUGUAGAUACGAUACAGAAGUAUUUUAACUGAAUUUCUCAUAGAAAUAUUCGCAACACUUCAAACUUCAUAGGCUAUCAAUUGCAACUGUCUAAUCAAGCCAAAUUAUGUGUAUAAUGUACCUCUUCGCACGGAAGAUAAACAUGAAUGACUGCACACAACUUUGGCCUACACAGACAGGGUAUUUUUAUCAGAAGUUAUGUCCAUCAUGUAUGAAAAUAUCAUCUCCAUUGUUUGUUAUACAAGCGAUAUGUGAACCAGAGAAGAAGGGGAUGAAAAUCAACUUCUUCUGAAUGAAUGUACACCUGGAAUGUGUGAACACCAUGUGAUCAGUAUUAGGAAUAAACAGGUUUCCGGUUUAAACAGGUUCAAGUAACAUACCAUGUCUAUAUUGAGCCUAGUUUAACAUCUCGUCUAUCCUAGAUUAUAUACCGUUAAUAAUGAUGAAUACGUGAAUUGAUUGAACGAAUUUAUUAUGCACUCCAUGAUUUUUACCAAAGAUGUUACUUUGUUGAAACGUGUUUUGUGUGUUAUAUUGAUCCUCAUACUGUGAUAAGUUACUUAAAAUACAUGUAACUUUCGUGUAAUUGUAUAUGUUAUAUUCAAUGAAAUGCCAUGCCAACUUUACUUUCACAGAUAUAUUAGGCAUAGAUUGUUGAAAAUGUUCAAGUACCCACUUUUGAAUAAAAUAAAAUAAAAAUCUGA